CACAGCUUGAGUGGCACCAUCUCUGACCUCGUCAUGGGGAACUCGUACGGCUUCCGUGUCUUCGCUGAGAAGAAGUGCGGCACGGGCAAGGAGGCGACCGUCGCAAAGGGGCAGGUCACCAUCGACAAGAUAGGUAUCGAGUACACACCCCCGGAGUACCCAGCCUUUGACUUCAGCGAGGCUCCCAAGUUCACGGCUCCCCUGAACGAUCACGCGGCGACAGUAGGCUACACCACCAGGCUGCUGUGCGCUGUGCGCGGGACCCCCAAGCCCAAGAUCGAGUGGCUGAAGAACCAGAUGAUCAUCGGCGACGAUCCCAAGUUCCGGCAGAUCAGCAACCAGGGUGUGUGCUCCCUGGAAAUCCGCAAGCCGUGCAGUUUCGAUGGCGGGAUCUACACCUGCCAGGCCCGGAACCCCCACGGGGAGGCCGCCGUGGCCUGCAAGCUGGAGGUCAGACAGGUCAUACUUCCUGAGGCUGUCAAGGGAAGAAAGUAAACCCUCAAACAUACACACAGACAAAUUUGAGCAGGAGCAGGAGGAGCUAAACCGUAACAAAGAAUGAUGAGAGGACCAGGUUGGACCAGUGGUCUCCAACCCUGGUCCUGGAGAGCUACGGGGUCUGCUGGUUUUCGUUGUUACUCUGCACAGAGACGGCCUGUAGCGUGAUGGUUAAGGUACAUAACUGGGACCCGCAAGGUCAGCAGUUCGAUUCCUUGUGUAGCUACAAUAAGAUCCAUACAGCCGUUGGGCCCUUGAGCAAGGUCCUUAACCCUGCAUUGCUCCAGGGGGGAUUGUCUCCUGCUUAGUCUAAUCAGCUGUACGUCGCUCUGGAUAAGAGCGGCUGUUAAUUAAGCAAUUAGAGCAGUUAAUUACAUGGUUACCUCACCUCACCUGGUUACCUGAGUCUCAACAGAGAAAACAAAAACCAGCAUAACCAGUAGCUCUCCAGGACCAGGGUUGGGACCACUGGGUUGGACUGCUCACACAUACCUUUUGUUCACCUGCUGGUGGAGGAAGGAAUGAACAGGGAUGCUCAUAUGUUGCUAUAUCAAAACCGAUGUGCUGAAUAUGAAUCUUAAAAGUGCAUUUUGAAGUACAACAUACUGAUUGACCUGCUUAACUUAAUGUUCCUGUCUUUCUUCAUUUCAGAUUAAGGUCAAACUCUAAGUAAAGAUGGAACCAGAUAUCUGGUGGGGUGCUAUUCCUGGCUGUGUCCUCUAUUGUGGCUGUAUAAGUUAAGUAGUUGUGCCAAGAAAAUGACUGAAUCAAAUUAACAUUGCAUCAAAAUGGACAAUGUUUGAAAAUGCAUAGAUAUUUAUUAAAACUCAUUUUCAUUCUGUUCCAAUUUUAGAGGUAGCGUGUCUGUGUCUUCGUUACGGGUGUCUGUUUCUUCUCAACAAGCUAUUUUAAUGUAGGACUUUAAAUGUUUCUUCUGGGCAGUGUUAUCAUGCCCAUUGAUUUAGGGCAGGCACGUGUUUGCCCAAACUUGGCCAAUAAAAAAGAAAGCUAUCUGGGGUGUCUCGGUGGCACAGCCUGUAGAGCACUGACCGCAUGCUCAUUGCGAGCCGCGACGUCGGCGGUUCGAAUCCCACCGUCCGGCAUUUGUCGCAUAUCUUCCCUUCUCUCUCGCUCCCAUUCUUCCUGUCUCUCUAUACAAUAUACUGUCCAAUAAAGCUGAAAAAGGCCUAAAAAAUAUCUUUAAAAAAAAAAAACGUCAUUGUUGCUUCAAAAUGUAGCUGCCCGCUGUCUGGACAGUUUUUUAGAGUUUCUUCCUCUUUAUUUGUUUAAACUGGAAGAAACAGCCUGAGGUCUAUAAAUACAGCAAUGACAAAGGGAGGGGGGAAUUGUAUGUUUUGCCAUCAGCAGUGACACCAGCUAGUCCAGUAAUCUUGUUGCUGGUAAUGUUUACAGAGGUAGCCUACAACAGCACACAUUAAAAUCUAACUAAACAUACAGUAGGCCUUACCCUACUGUGUGGUGGGAAAUUACUUUGUAACAAAAGUAAUUUAGUGGAAUUGAAGAUAACAAGUCUCCCCAAAUCUUUGAGUCAAACUCUUAAGUUGGAAAUUGCAUUGUUCAAACUUCCUGGGGGGAGGACUCCGAGAACCACAUUGAGGUGAUUCUUAAAGCAGUAUGCAUUGAACUGCAGCAAGCUUCAAGCUGUUUUUAUUCCAGCAAUAUGGAAACUCAUAACAUUGACAAUUAACUCUCUAAUGCAUAUGAUUAGA